AGAACGAUCACUGUACGUUGAAGCUGUGAUCGUUCCAGUUAGUAACUGUAAUUCUCUAGUUAACGUCAGGGUAGGCAGAACACAUUCCUUCAGACAACAAAGUCACAAAUAUCCUAGUUCGAAUUAGUGUUACUUUAACUGCAACGUGUCGCUAUGUUAUUAUGUAAAGUCAUAAGUUACUUAACCGAUUUUAUUGGCACUAUUUUUCUCGGAGGGCUCGUUCUUCCGUCACCGUGGACAAUUUUAUAAUUUACAGAUAUGGACUUAAACGCAACUAGUUGGAAAAGGGGACUAGACCCUACUAUACGACAGCCUCAGAGUGAUUCUGGAUAACAUGUGAAUCACCAACAUGGAAGAACAACAUCAACUGUUGUGGAUUAUUUGUGUGCUGCUGGUCUCGUCAACGUGUGCCGUCCACUACGUGGCACCGGAGGACUGCCGCUGGGAGCCUCUUAGUGUUGCUGGAAGCAGCGACGUGUCCCUGACAUGCAGUCUUAGGACACUCAAUGGUGCUUUCGACAAUACCAACUUCAGUGUCAUCCAGUCAGCCCACACCAUCAGUCUGACAGUAAAGUGUCAGGACAUUUUUUUUGAAAGUUCUCUUCUGAACAAUACCGUUUCACACCUCUCGGAGCUACAGAGCCUCAACAUAGAAUUUUGCAAGUUACGAGAGAUACCAACGUUAGCUUUCGCAGGCCUAUCACGGGUCGUAAACUUAACUUUACGAACUUACAAUAACCGGUGGGGGGAGUUUUCCCUGAAAGUGUUUCCAGACAGUUUCUCCCAUCUUGGCAGUCUACGAAGACUUGAUCUCAGUGUUAACAAUAUUGAUGUGUUACCAACAAAAGUAUUCUGUGGCUUACCAAAUUUGGAGUACGUCAACCUUACAGUAAAUCUCUUCGACGAAGUAUCUGAUCUAGCCUUACACCAAACCCACGCCACGUGCGAUACGGUUGUACAAGAGUUAGACGUCUCCCACAACAGAAUUAAAGUACUACCUAAUCGAGGGUUUAGUAGAUCCUUUAAACUGAAAGUUUUGUCUCUUAAGUUCAACCAGAUAGGGCGAGCUGAAGACAACGCUCUCGAAGGUCUCGACCAACUCCGUACACUAGUAUUAUCUCACAAUCAAUUGGUCGCCCUUCCGCCCAGCUUCUUUAAACACACAGAACAAUUAUCCGAAUUACAUUUACAGAACAACUCCAUUAGUGUAAUACCCCCGAGAUUGUUUAGUGGACUUCAGCAGCUUGUGACCCUUGAUUUGAGCUACAACAGGAUUUCCAGUCAGUGGAUUAAUUCUGACACAUUCGCGGACUUAAUUCGUCUAGUUGUGCUUGAUUUCAGCCAUAAUCAAAUAACCGAGAUAGGAACGGCAACAUUCCGUUCUCAGUACAGCCUUCAAGUGCUUCGACUCCAAUUUAAUAACAUUGGAAACAUAGCUGAAAACGCCUUUGCAUCGCUCUACAACUUACAUACCCUAAUCUUAAGUCACAAUCGUAUUAAUCAGAUAGAAUACCUGACUCUUAAUGGGCUAUUUGUAUUGAGUGUGCUAUCCUUCGACAAUAACAACAUCAACGUCAUCCAUCCAGAUUCUUUUAGGAACUGCACGAGUUUAGUAGAACUGUCACUCGGAAAUAACCGUCUGUCAAGUGUGCCUCUUGCUCUGCAAUCUCUCAAACAACUGAGAAGUCUGGAGCUCGGAGACAAUCGCAUCUCAGAGAUCCAUAAUGCUUCCUACCAGGGGCUCAAUCAACUGUACAGUUUGCGCCUGAUGGGAAACGAGAUUGGAAAUCUAACAAAUGGUGUUUUCCAGGACUUACCUUCGUUACGUAUUCUUGAUCUAUCCAGAAACAAAAUACAGGCACUGGAACAAGGGACACUAGACGAUGUCCCCGAUCUCCACGCCCUGAGACUUGAUUCUAACCUCCUCACAGACAUAAAUGGGUUAUUCAGUAAUCUCCACGACUUGCUUAUGCUAAAUGUUUCUGCUAACAAAAUAGCUUGGUUUGAUUAUGCCUUAAUUCCUAUUGGUUUACAAUGGCUAGAUAUUCAUGAAAAUGAAAUAGAAGAUUUAGGUAAUUAUUUUCAGUUGGAAUCAGCUCUAAAAUUGAGGACACUAGAUGCUUCCUCCAACUCAAUUCAUCAGCUUGAGGGCUCAUCCUUACCACAUGGAAUAGAAAUCAUGUACUUGGCUAAAAACAAAAUAAACAGCAUCAAGCCAUUCACUUUCCUUGGUAAAGCUAAUCUUACUAGAGUAGAUCUUCGAGGAAAUCAACUAAAAACUCUGGAAAUGAACUCAUUUCGACUCUCAGCUGUGAUUUCUAGGAAACCAUUGCCUGAAUUUUCAGUUUCUGGAAAUCCUUUCAUUUGUGACUGCAACAUGGAAUGGUUACAACGACUGAAGUCACUGGGUGAAUCUCGCCAAUAUCCCGACAUGGUCGAUGUCGAUAAGAUCGUUUGUCAACUGUCUACCAGACUACCAGCUUCUGUACCGCUCAUCAAAGCUAAUUCAUCACAGUUUCUCUGUCAAUACAGAAGUCACUGUUUCGCACUGUGUCACUGCUGUGACUUUGACGCUUGCGAUUGCGAAAUGGUGUGUCCCGAAAACUGUACAUGUUAUUACGAUCAGAGCUGGAGUACAAACAUUGUGGACUGCAGCUCCCUCCAUCUGAGUGUGGUACCUCCGAAAAUCCCCAUGGAUGUUACCGAACUUUACCUGGAUGGAAACGACUUUCCAAGUCUGUACAGUCACACUUUCAUCGGUCGAAAAAACAUGAAAAUACUUUUCCUCAAUAACUCCAACAUUCGCCUGAUUAGCAAUCGUACUUUUAACGGGCUUAGGGCUUUAAAAGAACUGAAUCUACAAAACAAUAAGAUAGGAAUUCUGCACGGUUUUGAGUUCGACAGACUUACACUGUUAGUAAAGUUGGAUCUCUCUUACAAUGUCCUGAAGACCAUCAGCAACACGACGUUUACAGCAAUGAAGUCCUUAGAAGUUCUCUACCUGGAACACAAUUUACUCGUGGAGUUCCCCGUUUUUGAUCCCAAUAUACAAUUACGUGUGUUACGGUUAGCUCAUAACCCAUGGUCGUGUGAAUGUGAGUUUCUCGAAACCUUUAGUCACUGGUUUCAAGAUGGGGUGGAUUUUGUAGAAGAUAUAACUGAAGUACAGUGCGUUUUUAACGAAAGUCUCACAGUCCAGCUAUUAGAUUUCAAUACUACUUCUUGUAACAACGUUACUGCUUCUAGUAGUUUUAUAAAAAAAGAUAGAGUACAAGAUAUUCUGUACAUCAUAAUCACAGCCGUGUCUCUGCUGGUGAUCCUAUUAAUUCUCGUAGCUUUAGUGUUAGUGUUCCGUAAGAGAAUGAGUCUGUGGUGUUACACAAAGUACGGUAUUCGAAUGUUCCACCGCUGUGACCAGGCGGAGAAAGAACAACUUUUUGAUGCUUUUGUGUCUUACAGUAAAAAGGACGAAACGUUCGUGACUCAGAUUUUGACGCCCGAAUUGGAGUACGGCAACCCAACGUACCGUCUGUGCCUUCAUUACCGCGACCUGCCCGUCGGCGGAUACAUGUCGGACGCCAUUACUGAGGCCAUGGAAAGCAGCCGUCGAACUAUUGUGAUACUGUCAGAAAAUUUCCUGAAGAGUGAGUGGUGCAGGUACGAGUUCAAGGCUGCCCAUCACGAAGUCCUCCGUUCCAACAAACACAGAUUGAUUGUUGUUUUUCUAGGAAAGGUGAUACAAAGAGACCUAGACCCCGAGAUUAGAUCGUGGAUAAAAAGCAACACAUUCCUUCGGUGGGGAGAAAAACUGUUUUGGGAGAAGUUGCGGUACGCCAUGCCAGACAUUCGCCAACGAACGUCCGAACGCCGCCGUCAAGACCACACAAGCAUAGCCGUACAUAUUUGACAUAACAAAUUUAGUGACGACGAACUUUUUAACAAUCUAAGUCAACAAGUGGUGAGUCCAUAUACGGCACUUAAUGAUUUAGUGUUUUUUUCCUUGUGUAGAAAGGGAUCAAAGUUGACGUGUAAAUACUUAGCCGUGUGUAUAGCAUGUUCAUUCAGAUUUAAAAUAAUUUAUAUGUUUGAAUUGCCAACCAUGAGCUGUGAUGCUUCUAUAUAAGCAGUCUUUACAAUCUGCUUUGGGAAGAGUCUAUAAGAAAGAAGUAUAUAUUUAUACAUUAGCAGUUCGGACAAAAUCUUGCUUUGGCAGCUCCCGCUAAAUGCAAUGGAACAUAGCGCAUUUUGGUUUGAUCAUUUUAAAGCUUAACUGCAAUGGUUAUCAAACAUACAACAUGUAAACUAGUCUUUUUUUUUUUCAUGUCAAGAUCUGUGAACAAUAGAAAAAUUCCUUAGGUUAGGUUUAAAGUCAAUAGUUUUACUAAGACAAACAAGGCAUACCGGACACUGAAAUAAGCCGAUUAAAUCAAUCAAAAUAAAAGCUUAGUAUAAGUUCAAUAUAAAAAAAAAAGGCGUUACGGGAUAAGUUUUAACGUUCUGAAGAGCGACUAUGUAUUAUAGCAAUAUUAAUAAACCAUUUUUUUUCUUUUCAAGACCUAGUUCUGUUUGAACUAACUUUAUAAAACGCUGCAGCGGGGGGAGGGGGGGAAAAGAGAGGACAAUUAUAUGUAUAUAUGUAUUCGUGAUUUUAUUUACGUAGGACUAAUAGAACAUUUUCCCCCACUCGUAUUAUUAUUGAUGCAGUUUAUACCUAAAAGAAUAAAAUAGAGGUUUCUAAAUCCCCGUCACAAAGUUCACGUGACGAGGGUAAGCCUUGAAGCAGAAAAGCUAGUAUUUUACUUAACCUGGAAGUCACCGUUUUUGCUUAACACAUUAGCGUAUGAUACAUUACAAUUCAGAACCAGCUUUAAAGAGAAAGUUGAACGUGACACAACAUCCGUUGUGAAACUUUAGAAAUAGGCUACUUAAAUGUGAUCAUUCACAGUAGUUAAAUGACAAGUAGAAAAUAGAUGACAUUUCUGCCCUCUGUUAAAUUUAUUCAAAAAUCUAACCCAAAUUAUGUGUGAUCACGUCGAACAGGGGGAGCAGUUCCCCCCUGUUUUCAUCGGAAGUAUCCUAACUACACACUGGCAUAUAUUUGUGUUGCUAUAGAUUGAAGUUACCAACAUGUACAUGUGAGCCUGAUAAAUAUUAACGAGGCAAACGUUAUUUCAUUUUUAAAAAUCGGAACAGUACUUAAUUAACCGGUUAGAAACGAAUGUUAUGAACGAGUUUUUUCAAAUGUAAACAAUUUUGUAUGUGCUCUUAAUAACUGCAUUAGAAAUAAAGACUGGCGAAUUGAA